UCAAAACCAGAAAACAGAAAAAGCCUCGUCAGGUUCAUAAACAAUUUCAGUUUUCCUGUCAAUGUUACUAUGGGUGACAUAAAUUUUGGAGUACUGGAACCUUUUUCUGUCAGUAAUUACAGCGUCAUUCCACAUGCAGGCUGGUCAUAUACCAUUAAGGCUACAAUGCCUCAGGACACUUGUACAGUUGAUUCAAAGGAAUUUGGAUAUGGUGCUGCCUAUACCAUUUCACUUGAUGAUUGUGUUGAAAAAAACCUUUUCAUUACACACUUUGAAGAUAUUGCACCAAAUACAGUCCAUAUGGCUUGGCAGAUCCCUCAGUAUUUUCUUCUUACAUGUGCAGAAGUUCUCUUCUCUGUCACUGGGCUGGAGUUUUCAUACUCACAGGCCCCAUCUAACAUGAAGUCAGUGCUGCAGGCUGGAUGGCUGCUGACUGUGGCUGUUGGUAACAUAAUUGUCCUUAUUGUGGCUGGGGUAUCUGCAAUCCAACAGCAGUGGGCAGAGUAUGUGCUGUUUGCUGCCCUGCUGUUGGUAGUUUGUGUCAUUUUUGCUAUCAUGGCUUCUUUUUAUACCUAUAUUGAUCCAAAUGAGAUUGAAGCCCAGUUCAGCAAGGAAGAAAAGGAAGAAGACAAGAAAGAUGAAGACACCAAUGAAAAGGAAGCUGAAGCUCAUUCUCAACUGUAAAAGCUGUACUCAAGGAGUGUCUGUAAAUCAUGGAAUCAUGGAAAUCCCACUCACUCUCCUGCAGUCAGAGGAACCAGGGUAUCAGUAAUAACAUACUGGAUUACAUGUAUAAUGGGAGACAUUAAGCAAAACUAAAGUGCAGCCUCUCUAGGGAAGCAACAGAAAAAUAUUAGUCUCUCUCUUGUACUGAAUGUGGUAUCCUGAAGAAACUCCAGCAGAAGUUGCACUCUUAAUGUACCUCAAUCUUAAUUAUUAUAGCAUUAUAAUCUUGAAAUUUGACUUGGAACUAUUGGACCCUUUGAAAAGAUGUAUUUUUAUACUUUAUUUCAAUUUUAUAUCGUGAAGGAAACAAGACUUGUCAAGGAACAGCAAUUGGAGCCAAGCUCUCUGCAUGAUCUCUCUAGCAUCACUGUUACUUGAAGACAGCAGGUCACACGUGCCUUAAAUUCUUUUGUACUUCCUUGUAGAUAAUGGGAGCAAAGCUCUGGCAGUGAUCAGAUUUAAAAUGUUGUCUGUGUUCCAAGUGGCAGGAACUUGGAUGUGCACUGUAACAUAAUGCUUUAUCUGCCUGUUAACUACCAUUUAACUCCUGUUAUGUCUUUAGUUAAUAUUAGAAGUGCCCACUCAGGUGAAAUGAUAACAGCAAAUGACCUUUGGAACAAGCAAGAGCAAUAAAACUUACAUAAUAACAAAAUAAGGGAAGUGUUUUAAGAACAUGGCUUACAGUUGCAUGGUAACAAAACUCCAUACCGCCUCUGUGGUGCCUUUAUCUACACACUCCAUCACUUAAAGCUAACGGCUCAGGGCUGGUCUAUAUAUCAUAACACCAAAUUUCUGCUAGGGGAGAUGAAAUUUUGCUGCUUAACAGGACCUGCUCCUGUAGUCCUGAGCUCCAUGUUAUGAAGUGCCAGGGGUCUGCGUGUUGUUUUGGUAAUUCUCGUUCUUUAGGGUCUACAUCUUACACUUUUCCAGCAGCUGGGACUCACUGGCCCCUCCAGUAGCCUGGCCAGACUGUCAGCUGCUUUCACACCUGUCUUCCAAUACUCUCAUCCUAUUUUACAGCAAUUCCAUUUUGGUAUUUGCAAGUGAUGACACAGACAUCCAUA